AUGACAUUUCAAGAGGUUUAUGGGACCAAACUAAGGGGACGAGUACUGGGAAAGUUGAGUGCGAAAACCACUUUGGGGGAUAAGCUAAUUCGGUUGUAUGAUUUAGAUAAAGAGCAGCAUCAGAUGUACAAAGUGUUGGAGAACACGGUGAAAUAUCGAGAAGGGAAGUCUGUUCUUUUAAUUGGUCCUCGGGGAAUCGGCAAGACAACGAUGGUUAAUAACUGCCUACUUGAACUAGGAAGUAAAUACGAGGGUCAAUUUCUUGUGAUACGAAUCAGUGGACUGUACGAGAGGGAUGAUAAGACGGCGAUUCGAGAAAUUGCGAGACAAUUAGAUUUCAUAAUGGAAGAAGAAGACGAUGGGGACGAAGAGAACGAAGAUGUUCAGGAUGGAUUUGAAAAGGUCUCAUCGAAUGCUACGAUGCGGAUGAUUAUGUCGUUACUAGACAGGACACAGUUGAAUGAAGAAGAAGAUGUAGCGGGAGGAAAAAGAGAAGCAGAUCAAAUACCACUUAUAUUUGUGAUUGAUGAGGUAGACAAGUAUGCUAGUAAUUCGAAGCAGACGUUAUUGUAUAAUUUGUUUGACAUUGCUCAGGCGUCUGAGGGCCGAAAGAGCGAUAAUGGAGGAGGAGGAGGGGGGGGGUCUACGCUCACAGUGAUUGGUAUUAGUAGUAAGGCCACUGUUCGAGAGCAGUUGGAGAAGCGUGUGAAGAGUAGGUUCAGUCAAAGAAUGAUACAACUCAACAAAUGUAAAACGUUAACGGACUACUGUGGAGCUAUUGGAUGUAUGCUUAAGCUUGAAGAUGAUGAUAAUGAUGAUGAAUGGGUCAGUAAGUAUAACAAAAAAGUGGAUGAGAUGAUUAAUACGACGGGAAGUGCUUUGAGGAAGAUCAUAGUGGAGAACUUCUACACGGUGAAGGAUUUGAAUGCCCUGAAGAAUAGUUUAGUUCCAUACAUGAAGUAUGGAUUUGUGAGAGGGUCAGAGCAACUACUUAAAUCGAAUUUGGAAGUGUAUGACGAUCGGAACUUUGAGCUUCUGGGGUCGUUAACUGAGCUAGAACUAAAGUUAUUAAUCUGUACUGCAAGAGUCAAGAGCAGGAAUUCAAUUGAUCGAGUCAACUUUAACGUUGCAUUUGAAGAGUAUUUAAAAAUGGCAGCUAACGAAACAAACACGUUGAACACCCAAUUGGAAACUAUGGGAGUAAGUUUACGACGAAAUGGUGAAUUCACGGGUAAUGGUUACAGUAGCAGUCGAGAAUUAAUGUUAGGCUGCUGGGAAAGAUUGGCCGAGAUUGGAGUUAUGGGCGAGCCGAUGAAGCAGAUUAAUGGAGUUAAUGCAGAAAGUUAUACAGGGGGAGAGUUCAACAAGAUGUAUGUGUGCGAUAUCGAGUUGAAUGAGAUUAUGAAGUACUUCAGAGAGGAAAGAGAAGAAGCCUGGGUGGAAAAAUGGUGCAGGAUUUGA